AUGAAUUUCAGGUAAGGCUAUAGGUGCUUACAUAUAGUGCUCAAUUUUGGACUCAUUUUGGUAUGCUUAUGAAGGAGAAUGCAUUCGAUCGCCACUUUGAAAAUCCAGACCUGUAGUUGACCACUUUGUUGGAUGAUGAUUUAAUAAUUGGUGAAUUCAGAAAUCAGAAUUAAAAAUUGAUGGAAUUGUAAUAUAUUGAGCGAUAUGUAGUAUAUAAAAGAAACAAGUGGCUGAGUUGGUCAGUUAUUUAACUGAGAUGCCAGCAGAUGAUUCGAAUUCGAAAAGAGCAUUUAGAUAUCCAUUUUAUUCAUGCGAAUUGUUGGUGUGUUGUGAGAAUCCUAAAAUCUUAGAGUAAUUCUUUGGAGAGGACAAGUAUCAACAAUCAAAUAUUCAAAUAGAUCUCUAUUGCAUGCAUUAUUUUAAUUUUUUAUUUCAGAUGAUGAUGUAAACCCAGUGUUGGCAGGCUAUGUCUGUAAUGUUAUGUUUAACUUGUUGAAAAUGCGAACUGAUAUCUUUCUUGAUGAAUUUUAUUAAUAUCAGAACUCAGUAGAUGGAUUAGUCAAACAAUUAUAAUCUCGUUCGGUUGCAGAACUUGUAAUUCGUGUGUUAGCAAUCGAACAAGAAACUCAAGUUGAUUAUACACCUCAGAGGAUUCAAUUACUCAAAGGAGUAGUUGGGAGAAUUGUAGACACCUCAAAUUUCGAAGUAAAAAGCAAUAUAAGAUCAACAUAGGUCUCAACCAAUGUGUCUCAUAUCAUCCAAGAGAUCACUUAGAAGGCUUAUGUAAUUUUCAAGGCAAUGCCUCUCUUUGAAUUCUUAUACGGAGAAUCAAUCGAUCUAAUUUGCUAGUCUAUUGUCCAUGAAAGCAAUUACGUCUCCCUUGCUGCAGGCACUUCAUUAUAUAACCUUCUCACUUUGCUUUACAAAAUGCAAACUAGGCCAGGAGAAUCAUCUGAAAGUGGAGUAAUCAUUGAAAACACAUUAUUUAAUGUGAACCAUCAGGAGUUAUUCAAUAAAAUAGAGUCUCAUUUAGAUAAAUGGCUAGAGUUCCUAUAAAAAUCGGCCACUCCUGUGUUUGGAUAACAUAAGAUUAAGAUUCUUGAAAUCAUUGGAGUAUGCAUAAGUUUGAACCAAGAAUCAUUUGUCACUAAGCUAUAUCAACUGGAUAUCUUCAAAGUUUAUAACUCAUUAUUUUCCAAACAUGAAAAGCAUGACAUCUUGCAUUUGCAAUAUUAUAGGUUCAUUGUUCACAUAAUUGAAUAAAAAUUUGAUAAUCUCGUCCAUAAUGUACAAUAUUGUAUCAUAAUUAGUUAUUCAAUCAAAAUGAGUUUAUCCAAUUUCUAUUGAACUGCACUUCAGAAGUGAGCAACAAUAAGAACCAAAGAAAGGAGUAUUUGGGUUUUGUGACUAAAUUGGCUCAUUUCUUAGUAGAGUUUUCAUCGAAAUAUCCAUUGUUGCAGUCAGAAUUGGACACGGAGUCCUGGAACAAAUUUAGGGAAUAAUAUUUUGAUAAGGCUGAGAAACUGAAUAAUCACGAAUUGGGUGGUCAUACAAGAGCUGAUUAUAAAGAGGAUGUUCACUUCAACAAGGAGGAUAUCUAAACUAAAUAUGAUGACUUUUUGACAUCCAAUCAUGAUGAGAAACUUUAAGAUGAAGCAAAGAAUACUCAGAACUUAUAAAAUAUAUUUGAGACUUUCAAUAUCAGCAAUAAUGAGUAAGCCAAUCCUGCAGAUGGACAAUAAUAAGACUGGUCUAAUUUCUCAUGGGGAUAAGAAUAAAAUUAAGAGUAAAAUCAAGCUGGACGAGCAUCAUCAGAAUAACAAUCAAAUUUUUAAUAAUUUGGAGAGAUCUCAAAUUAGGAACAAAUCAAAGAGCAAGGAAUACCAGGUGAAUAGUAAUAGAACACUCAAUAAAAGCAUGAUUAUGCAUAAGAGGAGAAAGACGAUGAAUAUAAUCGAUUUUGGCAAUUUUAAAUUCACGAACAUGAUGUAAGUUGUAUUUAAAUAUUUUAGGCUAAAUUACAUGAUGAUGCUUUGUAUGAGUUUGAGAAAAAUUAGUGAUU